AUGGCACCUAAUAACCGCUGGUUCAGGUCAAGUGUUUUUGUGGUGGCCUCGAUUUUAGGUAUAGGGCUCUUUCUAUCUGCCAGGGACCAACGGGCCACUUUCAAUCAGGUGCAAAGAGAACGUCAAGUUAAUGACGAAUGGCAAAGGCCCCAAGCAAGAGUCUUGUCUGGAAGGAAUGCGGCCGUGGUCGUCAAUGUUCCAUUGGAUUACUCUAACCCUGACGGCGAGGAGGCCAUUAUUGCCCUGGCGCGCAAACCCGCUGCAGUUCCAAGAGAUUCCAAAAGCUAUCGGGGACCAAUCCUUCUCAAUCCAGGAGGACCUGGCGGAAGCGGUGUAGGGCUUAUCAUGGGGCAAGGAGGGGACCUGUUGAGAACCAUUGUCGGUCCUGAGUUUGACCUUGUCGGUUUUGACCCUCGAGGGAUUGCCAGGUCAACCCCUCGUAUCUCUUUUUUCAAGACGGACAUCGAAAGGCAUCUAUUUAAUUACGCCUCAUCGUUCCUUGUGAACAAUUCGGACGAGGGCAUCCAUAGGACGUUGGCUCGUGCCAAACUUGUAGGCCAAUUGGCUGCAGAGAGCGACAGCGGCUACUUGCGACACAUGAAUACAGACCAUACCGUUCGCGAUAUGCUUCGAAUCGUUGAGGCGCAUGGAAGAUCCAAAAUACAGUACUGGGGCUUCUCGUAUGUUGGACCACCUGAGCUGCAAUGCACAGCGGAUAGAUUUCUGACAAUAACCCUCGAUACCGAUAAAGUUCUCGACGGGUUCUUCACCGAGUGUGCUCAAGCCGGCCCCGAUAAUUGUCAGUUCUGGGCGCCUACUGCGACACAUAUACGACGAAACCUGACUUCUAUAUUCGAGAGCAUUCGUUAUCGUCCUAUCUCAGUCAAAACGGACUCAACGUACGGGCUACUGGACUACAGCAAACUGAAACAGACAAUCUUUGCCACUCUUUACAACCCUUACGUGUUUUUCCCUUCACUGGCCAAGGCUCUCGCAGAGCUUGUCACUGGUAACGGAUCUACUCUCUACACAUUGAUCCCUGAUUCCAUUGUUCCUGAGUGCCAAUGUGAUCCUGAGCUCUCUUAUACUAGCGAUACGGACGCCAGUAUUGCCAUUAUAUGCAAUGACGGUGAAGAGAUUCUUGAAGACAUAGAUGCUUUGGAGAAUCAUCUGGAAAGUUCAAUGAAAAUUUCACAGUGGGGCGAUGUUAUGGCAGGCUUUAGGUUGAACUGCCCAUUUAAGGGUAAAACGAGCCAUCCCAUGCUCAUCAUAGGAAAUACUGCAGACCCUGUCACUCCUUUAUGGUCGUAA